AAGCCGAGGCUAACAGACGAAGAAGAGCGUUUACGCAGCUGACUGCAGGAUAAUAUGCGGUUCCGAUUUUGUGGGGAUUUGGACUGCCCGGACUGGGUCUUAGCUGAAAUCAGCACUUUAGCACGAAUAUCAAGCGUCAAGAUGAAACUUCUGUGUGUGCAAGUGAUAAAAGACAUCCUCGAUGAAGGCAUCGAUUAUGACAAGGUGGCAAAACUAACAUCUGAUGCAAAAUUUGAGAGUGGAGAUAUUAAAGCCAGUGUCGCCGUACUGAGUUUUAUCCUCUCCAGUGCAGCAAAGCAUGAUGUUGAUAGUGACUCUCUAUCCAGUGAACUUCAGCAGCUGGGCUUGCCUAAAGAGCACACAACAGGACUGUGUAAAUCUUAUGAAGACAAACACAUAGCCCUGCAGGAGAAGCUAAAGGAGAGCAGUCUACGCUUGGGGCGUCUGGAAGCAGUGAAUUGGAGGGUGGACUACACACUGAGCUCCAGCGAACUGAAGGAGGUGAAUGAGCCCACAGUACAGCUGAAGCUCCAGGCUCAGGACCCAGAGACCGGUUCCACUGAGACCACUGUAGUCUCAGUCACUGCAGACAAGUUCAGAGUGCUCUUAACAGAACUUAAACAAGCGCAAGCUAUGAUGAAUGCACUGCAGUGAAUCCAUCUUGUUUUAUGUUUUUAUGAAUUCAUUAUGAAUGAGUGUCAUGUACAUUUACCGAAUCUCUGACUGUUUAAGUAGCUUUGUUACUUUCUGGUCACCAUGCACAUAUUGGCCUGUUGGAAGUCACACAGUUGGGCUUUCAGUUCCAGUGGAAUUAAUGGGAUUAUUUUGUGAAGCAGAAAACAUGGUGGUGUAAUUCUGUAUUAUAAGGUGCAUCACUUAUAUAGAUGUAUGCACAAUCAGCAGUUUCAAAUCGGUUUUUGGACUAAUCGUAAAGCAAAUUAAGAACAAUUUCCAUUACUUGGUCCACAGUGAUUCUGUACAAAUGUGUGCAGACUAAUUAUAAGGCACAUCAAUACAAUACAGAGCUAUGCACAGACAGGUCCUUCUACUAAGAACUGAAAUAACACGUUAUGUUACUUGGUCUGCCGUUUUCCCCCCUCAGUCAUGUUGAUUGGUUUUGCUUUUUUUUUUCCUCUUCCUUUUUUUUUAAACUUAAACCUUUUGUAUUUUUUAGAUGAAUGUUCAUAAAAUAAAUAAUUUGACAAUAA